AUGUCCGCAGAUCCUCGACGUGCUCGCCUUCAGGCGCGAACACACACGCCGCAACCUGCUCAACCAACACCACAACCCCCCUUCACUGCCGCUCAAGAAGCUCUUGCUCCGUCGACGAUUGCUCCAACACCACAGACUGAUUCGCAAAUCAUCCCUCCGACAGGACUCGACGGUACCAUCGAUCCAUCCACUCCACCCGCCACCGCAACGCCGACCACCCUCCCGACCGCUACCGCGCCAUCUCCUUCACCCGCCACGACUUCACAAGAUGAAAUCCCCUUUAAACUCAAGUUUUGCACGGUCUGUGCUUCCAACAACAAUCGCUCGAUGGAAGCUCACCUUCGUCUCUCUACUUCGUCGCACCAUUACCCCGUCAUCUCCUUCGGCACCGGGAGCUACGUCCGCUUGCCAGGACCCUCUAUCUCACAGCCCCAGGUUUACAAUUUCAAUACCACCUCCUACACAAAGAUGUACGAUGAACUCAACGCACAAGACUCACGGCUGUAUCGAAAUAAUGGGAUACUAAACAUGCUUGAUCGAAAUAGGAAGAUAAAAUGGGGCCCGGAACGGUUUCACGACUGGAUUGUGGGCGCAGCCCGGAUGGAAGCCUUGAAUCGAGGCGACAAAGGCGCCGAGGGAGCGGAGGGUGGUGUGGUCGACGUCAUCUUUACCUGCGAGGAACGAUGCUGGGACGCCGUGGUGGAUAAUUUGUUGGAUCGUGGGGCUCCUUUGAAUCGGCCUGUUCACGUUUUUAACAUCGAUAUCAAGGAUAACCAUGAAGAAGCGCUGGUCGGUGGAGGAGCGAUUCUUGAGCUGGCUGAUAGCUUGAACGAGGCGGCCGUCCAGGAGAGACAACUAAGCGGCACCCAGGGAUGGGAGAAUGGGACCGGGGCGGCGAGGAUGAGCUUUGAUGAGAAAGUUCCUGAGAUUCUUGCUCGAUGGCAGGAACGGUGGCCGAAUUUACCAGCAUUGUGGACUCUGUCAUGGUUUUAG